AUGCUAUGAAAUUAGCCUCGAAUAUUCUCUGGGCACGCUCACUUCGUUUUGUAAGCGUUUCUUUUUGACAGCUGAUUUUUCAUACACAGAGGAAACUCCAAGAAAAUCUUGAAAAAUGUUUGGAGGACGUGCCCCAGUAUUAGUUUUGAGCCAAAAUACCAAACGUAGUUCAGGACGAAAAGUUCAGGUGGAAAAUAUCAAUGCCGGAAAACAAAUAGCGGAUGUUAUACGAACAUGUCUGGGACCACAGGCGAUGCUGAAGAUGUUGAUGGAUCCCAUGGGUGGGAUCGUUAUGACAAACGACGGGAAUGCGAUAUUGCGCGAGAUCACCGUACAGCAUCCUGCCGCUAAGAGUAUGAUCGAAAUCGCCCGCACACAAGAUGAAGAGGUGGGAGAUGGAACUACAUCCGUCAUUGUAUUGGCCGGUGAAAUGUUGGCCACUGCCGAACAAUUUCUCGAGCAACAAAUUCACCCUACAGUUAUUAUACGUCAGUAUAGACAAGCUUUAGAAGAUAUGGUGGCGCUAUUAGAAGGACCUUUAAGUAUUCCAAUUGAUCGAAAUGAUAAAUCUGCAUUAGCCAACGUCAUAAAAAGUUGUGUUGGCACGAAAUUCAUAGGCAAAUGGUCCGAUUUGGCUGUGAAUAUCGCUUUGGAUGCGGUUGACACAGUCAUGUUGACUGAGAACGGUCGUACGGAGGUCGAUUUGAAACGUUACGCGAAAGUCGAGAAAAUACCGGGCGGUUCUAUUGAAGAGUCUCAAAUUCUGAACGGUAUAAUGAUUAAUAAGGACGUUACCCAUCCAAAAAUGCGCAGAUACAUUCAGAAUCCACGGAUCAUGCUUCUUGAUUGUCCAUUGGAAUACAAGAAGGGGGAAUCUCAAACGAAUGUGGAAAUUUCUGGAGAAAUUGACUUUACCAGAAUGUUGGAAAUCGAAGAAGAGCAUGUGCGCCACAUAUGUGACGCGAUCAUCGCUCUCAAGCCAGAUGUCGUAUUUACAGAGAAGGGAGUUUCCGAUCUUGCACAGCAUUUCCUUUUAAACGCGGGUAUCACUGCUCUGAGACGUGUCCGUAAAAGUGACAAUAAUCGCAUUGCACGUGCGUGUGGCGCGACAGUCGUGAACCGUACAGAGGAGCUGCAGGAGUCCGACAUUGGAAACGGGUGUGGAUUGUUUGAAAUUAAGAAACUGGGCGAUGAGUAUUUCUGCUACUUGACUGAAUGUAAAAAUCCUAAGGCGUGCACUAUAUUAUUACGAGGUGCUAGUAAGGAUAUUUUGAAUGAAACUGAGCGUAACUUGCAAGAUGCGAUGCAGGUAGCCAGGAAUAUUGUUCUCAAUCCACGUCUUGUACCAGGUGGAGGUGCUAUUGAAAUGGCAGUGGCACAUCAACUGCUGCAGAAGGCUACACAUGGUCCUUCUAGAGCCUUAGCCCAUGCACUUGAAAUAAUUCCUCGUACGCUAGCCCAAAACUGCGGAUCAAAUACCAUAAGAACAUUGACAGCAUUGCGAGCCAAGCAUGCAGGGCAUACGGAUUCUUCUAAGCCGUGCUGCUGGGGCAUAGACGGUGAGAGUGGCGAGUUAGUGGAGCAAGGACCAAAUGGAAUUUGGGAACCUCUUACUGUCAAAUUGCAAGUGUAUAAGACAGCCGUUGAAACCGCAAUUCUGUUAUUGCGUAUUGAUGAUAUUGUUUCUGGUUCAAAGAAACAAGGCGAAAAGGGAGAACCGCCUAAACCCGCUCAAGUAGCAGAAGGUCAUGAAUAAUUCGUUUUCUUUUUUAUCACGUUUAGCUUUCUUACUGUAUUAAUUGUUUAUGCUUUGCACCUUUUCAUACACUAAUAAAUUAUUCAAUAGUAA